AACUUGAUUUCAAGAUGAAAAUUCUUGUUUUCUAGUUUGGUGCAACAUCCACACCGCUGGCAUCAAGAGCAGGAACGUAGAAGCUGCAAUGAUUCAGAUUCUCUCAUGGUUGAGGAAUAUCAAUGUGGUCAUUCAGACCACUGGUUGGAGAGCUCUACAACAUCAGAACACUCUAAGCAGCUUUCCAGUUGCUCCCGCUGGGAAGGUAGAAUUGAAGAAGCCAAAACAAUGAGGACAUCAGAUAAAAAAAUGACAAAUUCUGUUUCAAGCAACACUGGUAAUUCAGUUGAAAGAGAAACUGAUGAAGUGGUCCUGAGGAGGAGACAAAAACAGAUCAAUUUUGGAAAGAAUACCCUUGCAUAUGACAGAUACAUUAAAGAAGUCCCAAAGAACCAGCGAAUUCCGGGAGUUCACCCUAGAACUCCCAACAAGUUUAAGAAGUACAGCCGUAGGUCCUGGGACCGGCAGAUCAAGCUGUGGAAGAUAGCCCUGCAUGCCUGGGAUCCUCCUGCUGAAGAAACCUGGGAUCUGCAGCCCGUCAGUACAGAACCUUCAGGUAGUUCCCAGGAAUGGUUCUGCCAAGAUGAGGAUGUUUCUGGCUCCUUUGUGUUUGACAAAAAACAGAAGAGAAAUGAG